UGUUUUCCUUUUGUUGCCAUUUAACCUCAAGUCCCCACUCAUUGAUAAAAUGAGUUGGGAAGAGCAAAUGCAAACCAAUUGACAAUCACUCUUAAAAUUUAUCACAUGUCCGCCAAACCUAACGCAUCCGUUCCAUUUAUUUCCACAUUUUCCUGUUACGGUGCCCAUACAUGUGUUGUGCAUGUGUGCGCUCAAGAACUCAUUAGAUUUAGUUUGCAAUUUAAUUAGGUGAACACAUUUUUGGAAGUCUAUAUUGUGGGGGCGGCAAGUGCUUAAGCUAAAAAGGAAGUGAGCAAAUCUAUUGAGGGUGAGAAUGUAAACUCAGGGGUGGUCUCGACGAUGGACACGGACACCGCUGUGAGUAUUUUUAACUGGUAGCCUUAUCAUUAGUUUAUUAUUCUUUUGAAUUGCGUACGUAUUCCAGAGAAAGCAGGACGUUCUCAUGGCAUGUCUUGAUCGGUAGUGAACAGUUCAAAUAACCCAGCCACAGGUUACUCUCCAUCACGCAGUAGGCUCAGCAAUCAUGGUGUACGCUAGCACACCUCAGAGUCUCCUCUCGAUUUCUCCUACUCUGCGCUCUCGCGUGGCACUGUAACCAUGCUUGUACUCGUUUAGCGGUUCGUCGACACUGCGAAAACUUUCAUGUUGGAGAGAGUUCGGAUGGAAUCUUUGAUAAAGAAGAGUGGAAAUUUUCAAAAGAGAAAGGAUGGGUGUAAAUCGUUUUCUGGUAAAGGUGUUCGAGCUGAGUCGCACACUGGUUUGAUCUCUGAGUCCAGGGAGAGCAGCGGUUCUUCAAGAUCGAGCUGCGAGACCUCGAGUGAGGAAGUGAAAGCAAAGCGGUCUUCUUCCCCUCCUCCAUUGGGCUGGCCUAUUCGCAAUGCUCAAGUAAGCAAAUGUUGUGUUUCUGAUGUGGGCCAAGCUGAACAAAAACAACCCAAUGUCGACGAUUCGAAAUUGGAGAAAAUGGGCUCCCAAAAUUCAGAGAUGAAUAUGAUGAAAGAGAGGUUUUCGAAAUUGUUGCUUGGUGAAGAUAUGUCAGGGUCUGGGAAAGGGGUCUGCACGGCAUUAGCUAUCUCAAAUUCCAUUACCAAUCUCUGUGCUACCAUUUUUGGGCAAAUAUGGAGAUUGGAACCCUUGCCUACUGGCAAGAAAUCAAUGUGGCGAAGAGAGAUGGAUUGGCUACUUUGCGUCGGUGAUCACAUUGUCGAGUUGAUACCCACUUGGCAAACAUUUCCUGAUGGUAGUAGGCUUGAGGUUAUGACUUGCAGGCCGAGAUCAGAUAUUUUCAUCAAUCUCCCAGCCCUACGUAAACUAGACAACAUGCUUCUUGAAAUAUUAGAUAGCUUUGUCAAUACAGAGUUUUGGUAUGUUGAUCAAGGCAUCGUAGCCCCAGAUGCAGAUGGGUCUGCCUCCUUUCGCAAAACAACUCAGAGGCAGGAGGAGAAGUGGUGGCUGCCUGUACCCCGAGUAGCUGCUGGCGGCCUCAGUGAAAAGUCAAGAAAACUGUUGCAUCACACACGUGAAUGUGCAAGUCAAAUAUUAAAAGCUGCAAUGGCCAUAAACAGCAUAGCUUUAGCAGAAAUGGAAGUUCCUGAGUCAUACUUGGAAGCUCUUCCAAAGAAUGGGAGAGCCUGUCUAGGGGAUGUUAUUUACAGUUACAUCACAUCGGAUCAAUUCUCUGCAGAGUGUCUGCUGGAUUGCCUUGACUUAGCCUCAGAACAUGUUGCUCUAGAGAUUGCCAACCGUGUGGAAGCCUCCAUACAUGUAUGGCGUCGAAGAUCUCAUGCUAGACUUUCAUCUAAUCCUAACCGUUCCGCUGGGAAGUCCUCAUGGGAAAUGGUCAAGGACAUGAUGGUUGAUAGGGAUAAGAGGGAGCUGCUGGCAGAAAAGGCUGAGAGCCUCCUGCUUUGCUUGAAGCAGCGGUUCCCUGGUCUGACACAAUCUUCUCUUGAUACCAGCAAGAUCCAAUGCAACAAGGAUGUUGGAAAAUCCAUUCUGGAGAGCUAUUCAAGAGUUUUGGAGAGCUUGGCAUUCAACAUUGUGGCUCGUAUUGAUGAUUUACUAUAUGUGGAUGACUUGACAAAACAUUCCGAUAGGCUCUCAUCGGCUCCCACAGUGAGUGUGAUUGCUCACAAGAAAGUCUCUAUCUCAUACUCAGUGCCUGACUCGAGCACCCCAUACAAAACUUUUCCCACUCCUAGCUUUUCGCCGGCACCGUUGAUUAGUCCUGCCAGGGGAGAGAGAACUCCUUUUCUCAUGAACCACCAUGGCAAGCCUCCCUGCCGUGGAUUUGGUGUGAAAAGAGUCUUGACGAAUUAUCUUGGUGUUGAGACGAAGGCAAGGAUCUGUGGCAAUCCAACUGCCGGAUUAGUUUCAACGCCAGAGCCAAGUGACACCGAAAGUUUGGAAUAUAAAAAAGAAUCAGCCGCCCACCAAAAUGGGAUCAGAUUGCGUCAUGAUCGCUGAGAUUCUGUCUGUUGAUGUAUACCCUCAAGAGGAUUCUUAUGCUUUGACCAAUUAUUUGUAGUUAUGAGUUGGUAAAUUAAUGUAUUGGUCUAAUAUUUGCUUUGAA